AGGAUUGCGGGCAAAACUGUCUGCCUUGUAAGAAAAACCAAAUGGCUUUAUUUUGGCAUUUUUUGUCCAGAAGUAGGUGUAAAUUAUUAGCCACUUAGCUCUAUUCGCUCCCGCAUAUUGAAGACUACUUCACGAGUGCCCCCUAGGUGAAUUGCAGCCAACUUUCGGUACAAUGGAAUUAAUAGGGAGUGGGCAGGCUGUCCGUGGAAGGGCUUUGGACGGUACGGACGACACUCAAAUUGUUUUUCCGGCACCACGAUGUCUGCAGAUACAGCGAUCUCGUCCGCAGACGAAAAUGAGAACGGAGGUAGCAAGAGGACACCGUGUCCGUUACAUGGCUGUAAGCGAGUGUAUGCAGACGUGAGCGCUCUGGAAGCCCACAUCAAGGACCAUGAGAUCUUAGCUGAGUCUCUUCCUGGAAAGGUCUUGCUGUGCUCUACUGCUGGCUGCAGUGGUUCCUUUCCCAACAUGCAGAAACUGAUGGAACACAUGAGGCAUCAUCACAAACCCAACAUAUUCUUCCUGUGUGAAAGCUGCCGCACAAAGCUGCGAUCAUAUCGUGGCCUCCUGUCUCACCUGCACACCUGUUCCAAAGUGCCACGGGGUAAAACAAAGCCGACUGAACCUGUGCCCACUCUACCCGCUGCUGUGACUAACCCAAACGCGACCCCCAUAGCAAUGGACCAGACCCCCCCACAACUCGACUCAGUGUCUACAUCCCAGGGACUAUCCUUUCAAAUACCAAACCCAGACGGUUCCUUUCCUGUUCCUCAGCCAGACUCUGCUGUGCCCCCCCCACUAGGUCCGCCCUUUCUGUCCAACCUGGACACCUCUGCUCCCCAGCUUGCUCCUCAGCAGCUGGCAGGGGCAACUCUCCAGCCUCAGCUCAGGAAUGAAACCUCUGAUCUUCCACUAAAUCUGGUUGGCCCAACAGCAGCUCUGGACCCCUCUGAUGCCCAGGGUCAGCACCAGAUACAGAUCAGGUGUUCUGGAUCAGCUCCUCACUCUCCUCUUGGGUCCACUGCUGUCUGGAAGAAAAAUCAAGGUAUGGCCUGCAACAGACGCAUCCUCUGGGAGCACACAAAAGGGCGCUACACAUGUGUUCAGUGUGGCCAUUCGGUAACCAACCGUAAGGAAAUGACUCAACACAUCAACACUCAACACAGCAGUAACAAACCUGCAGAAGACACAGGGAGUUCUGCUGCGAACACCUAGUGUGGAAGCAGGAUUAAUCAUUCACUGCACCAGAAGCAUUUAGAAGCAAAUACUGUCUUUUUGAUGUCCUCGAGAGCUCAUCCUCUAUCAACAGUCAAACACUGACUAAUUGUUCACAUAUAAUACACCUUCAGGGCACAGUCACACAUGCGCAAACAACCUUUGCUUGCUAGUGCUGGAUGUGGGCUGUGGAGGAUGUGAUGUCACUUUGUUGGUUUGCAGUCUGUUUGAGGGCUCAACCACACACGUUUCUUGGCUAGUAGCAGAAGCUGUGACCCUAUUGGUCAAAAUUAACCAAAGUUGAACUGCAAGCUAACCCAGUUUGCUUUGCCACAAGAAGCAAAUAUUUCCCUUUCCCCCUCACUCUCAUAGAAUGGAUGUGUGUGUGUCAGUGUUGGUAUUCUGUGUGAAAAGCAGUGAGUUAUUAACUGGUAGUAAGCUUAAACAGUUUACAUUACUAUUUCCACAAAGCACUUAAGUAGCUACCAGACAUACAUGCAAUGACAUUUCAUUGAAUACUGCUGAGUGACUCAGUGCAACACAGGUCCUCCACCGCUUACAUUUGAGGACUCUUUCUUUGAGAAAAUUCAUGACCACUACCAUUAUUCUCAUAAUUUCAUGUGUUGUAGAGUCACUGUCAUUCAUUUUAAUUUGUCGAUUCACUGUAAGCAACAGGCCAUAGGUAGUUGUUGUCAGAUGUUUGAUGUGCAAAUUUCAGGUAAACGUGUAGUUUAUGGUGUGUGAUGAAUGUUUUAGUCUGAAACUGAAGGAAGUAACAGCAUUAAAACAACAGUGUGCAUUACUGUGCUGUCGUACUGUAGAAGGGAUGGACACAACACUGGACACACGUUGUAUUUGCUGCACAACUUUUCGAAACCUUAGCUUGUGUACCGUGACAGUUUAAAGAUAAAGCUGGUGUCUGUAUUUGUUUGACUGCCAAUAAAUCCAACAAAAAGACUAUAA